CUAUGCACCCAGCAGAGAACAUAUAAAGCAGAGGUCAGCUGAGCUCUCAGUGAAGGCCCCUCCUGGUGAGAUGAAGUCCAUCUUCUUCAGCCUUUCUCUGCUCCUCCUUCUGGAGAAGCAAGCAGCUUCAGUAGGAGUCUAUGGUGGGACAAAAGGACACUUGCUAGUAAAAACAUCCCCCGUUGUAUUUAUCCAAAAAGGCCAUUUCCACUACGAGCCUGAAGGAGCACAGGAAGAUGCAUCAGAAGAAAGCAUUUUUGUGCAGACUAAGCAGUAUGCAUAUGGCCAAAAUGUUGCUGCUGAAGUCGGGGAGACUCAGAGUUCACAGGAGCAGACAGGGUUAAAUGAAGACAUAGUUUGUGAUGAAGAAGACAAGAUUAGCCAACAAAAAUCCCAACUUCAAUCCCAGUCACAGAUCAAAUCCCAACCCCAAGUAAAAUCUGGUGAAGCCCAACUGAAGUCCCAAACAGGCCAGCUAAAGACCCUAGGCCAGGUGAAAUCACAAAUCAAGCUGAAGUCCCUCAGCGCCCCUUUGAAAUCCUACCAGGCAAAACUAACUCUCCAAGAAGAGGCUGCUCAGCAAAUCAAGGGCAAAGAAUAUUCCCUGGAUGAAGACCGGGCCCAAGUGCAUCAACAGCAUAAAAAGAUCCACGGGCUCAAAAGAAAGCUUGGCUGGGCCAGGAAAACAGCAGAGUUCUUUCCACAUUUUAGACAGUACUCCCAAGCCUAUGAUGGCUAUGCUGUGCAGUUUCAAGAGCAAAUACAGGGUGGAAUUCACAGAAAGCAUGUCCAUCAAGCUCAAGGGAUGUGCUACUGUCCAAGAGGAGGGGUAGUCCUACAUCAAGAUGUCUUCACAGAAUAA